AAAAGAUCGAGUCUUUCUCUCGCCACGACCUCCGUGCACCGCCAUCGAUUCCCAGGGUCCUCCUGUGGAGGAGGAGGAAGGAGGAGGUACUAUUUUCUCUCGGGCUUCACUUUCCAGGAAGAGAUCAAUCUCUGCAUUUAUUGCCUGCCUCCCGCAUGCUUUUUGGCUUCCCUUUUGUAGCUCCCUCCCUAAGUAUCAUCAUCAUGCCCCUCUGAAACACUUCGCCAACACCACCAAACUCCAAUCUCCCUCUCUAUCCCUCUCUGGUCAUGGAUUCUGGGAACAGUAGCGCGAGCUCGCAGUCCUCGGGCGGCGGCGACGACGAGCCGUACCCCUCACGCGCCGACAUCUCCUCCCUCUUCAACGCCGCCGCCGCCCUCUUCCGCCCACCACCACCACCACCACCACCAACGCCAUCGCUGCACCACCAGCAACUGAUGUUCGACCCCUCUUCCGUGCUGUCCAACUACUUCGACCCGUUGACCCGGUCGGCCCCGCCCGCGAGCCCGCUGCUGAACUUGGACGCCGCCUGGCCCAGGAGCCCGAGACCCGACCCCAGCUGCACCGAUCUCGGCCUCCCGUCGCAGCAGUCGCCUUUUCUGGGAUUCGGCAGAGGACCGCCGCCCGGUGGCGGCGUGGCUCCGGUCCAAUUCCCUCUGGCUCAGGAGGGCUCGAAGCCGGUGCAAGGUCAGGCCACGGCUUCGUCGGCCGCCGACGACGGCAACAACGCCGGGAACGCCAACGCCCCCCCUGCGCGGAAUCCCAAGAAGAGAUCGAGGGCGUCGAGGAGGGCGCCGACGACGGUGCUGACGACCGACACAACCAACUUCCGGGCAAUGGUCCAGGAGUUCACCGGGAUCCCGGCGCCGCCUUUCGCCGCGUCGCCGUUCCAGAGGAGCCGUCUCGAUCUCUUCGGGACCACACUGCGAUCGGGCCACCUCGACACGUCCUCGUCACCGCCACCACCGUAUCUCCUGAGGCCGUUCGCCCAGCGGUUCCAUCACCCUCCUCCGACCUCUUCGUCGACCCCGUCGUUUCUGGGUCCUUCGGCGAUGCUCGACGCCUUAGCUUCGUCUUCUCCGGCGGCGACAACUAGUAACACCAACACCACCAACAAUGAAAACGUCCCUUCCGGUAACACUUCGGCGACGACCAACACUAGCACUGCUACUAAUGCAGCUCCUCCAUUGCCAUUUGGCCUCUUGAAGCAUCCACAGAACCUGCUCAUCAACAUGAACGCUCAGAACCCGAUUCUUGAUUUCGGAAACUCCCUCUUCCAAGCCUCUCUCAAGUACCCCAACCUGCCCGGACCCUCUGCAAUCGACGGCGCGGCCGCCGAUCAUCACCCUCAUUCGAAUCUCCGAAUAGGGGCCUUGGAGGACUUCGUGCGGCCGCCUUCCGCCGAGACGGAGAACAACGACACGACUGCCGCAGCGACGAACUGGAACGACAGAGGAGCUGGCGACGGCGGCAAUCACCAUCAAGGAUUGUUGAGCUCUCUUGGAGGCGGCAUUACUGGCAAUUAUGGCGACGACGAAGAUCAUCCCCGGAGGGCGACAAACGGGAGGGUCUUUACCUACUCGGGCAGCGACAACAACCCCUCGGCGCCGGAUCGUUUCCACGGAGAUAGAGGCCCGGAGGCUGCGGCCAUCGGCGCGAGGAGCGAAGGUAUGGUCGAGUCGUGGAUUUGCUCGUCGGAUUAG